UUAAAUAAAAUAUCCGAGAAUUAUAUAAAUAGAAUAAACUUUAUUUAUACUUCAGCCUUUCAGCUAAAAAGGAGAAUAUCAAAAUAUAAGUGUCUAUUUUAUAAAGACUAUCGGAGCAAUUGGAUUUUUAAUACUUUUGAAGAGUAUUAAAAUGACAGUGAUACUAGGAGGUGGCAUAUCAGGACUAUCAGCGGCAUAUUAUGCUGCUAAUGAUGCCAGAAUUUCAUCCAUCAUUUUAUAUGAGGCUUCUAAUCGUCUGGGUGGAUGGAUUCGCAGUAGAAGUUCACCAAGUGGAGCGAUUUUUGAACAAGGGCCUAGAACCAUAAGAUUGUUUGGCCGAGAAGGAGAAAACACCCUUAAUUUAGUGAACGAUUUACAAUUGAAAGACAAGAUAAUUCAUAUCGGACCAAGCCAUCCCGCAACGCAACACAGAUUUAUCUACAUGAAUGAAGCGCUGCAUCUUUUACCAAAUUCCUUAAAAGGUAUUUUUAAAACAAUUUCGCUACUGGAUCGUCCCUUAAUAAAUCGCCUAUGGACAGAUUUGAGAGCUCCCAAGAUAUCCAAGGAGGAUGAGAGCAUUCAUAGUUUUAUCCAGAGGAGAUUGGGUCAAGAUAUUGCGGAUAACAUCAUCAGUCCUUUAAUUUGUGGGAUCUGUGCAGGAGAUGCACGCGAGAUAAGUGUCAAUUUUCUGUUCCCAAAGCUGUUCGAAGCGGAACAAAAAUAUGGUUCAAUAGUAAAAGGCUUGCUAGCGGAACGAUUGAAACGGAUCUUCUCAAAGUCGAAAAAUGAUUCAACGAAAAGGGAUGAACAUGAUUUAGUACCUGCGAUUGGAUCCGAUUUGGUAGAAAGAGGACGAAGGGAACAAUGGAUGAUGUGGAGCUUGCAGGGAGGGCUCGAGCAGCUACCUUUGGCACUAGUCGAUGAUUUGAAAAAACGAAAUGUGGAUAUACAGACCAGGAAGAAAUGUGAGAAACUUACGUUCAAGUCAGAUCAUGUAGAGCUGUCGAUCAAUGACAAUCUUCGGAAAUGCUCACGUGUUAUUUCAAGUUUACCCGCAAAGGUUCUGGCCGAACUUUUGCAGGAGCAACAUCCUAAACUGUCGGCAGAAUUGAGGGUGAUCCCCACCGUGACGGUAGGAGUAGUCAAUCUUGAAUUUCAGAGUGUGCUGCCUGUGCAGGCAUUCGGCUUUCUCAUACCUCCGAAGGAGAAUCUACCUUUAUUAGGAGUGACCUUCGACUCCUGUGUAUUCCCUCAAGGGUCUUCCACGGUAUUGACAGUAAUGAUGGGAGGUGCAUGGUUUGAGAAACACUUCGGACCAAAUCCCUCGGAGAAGCAAUUAUUAACGACGGCGAUCGAACACACCAAGAAUAUCUUACGAAUUGAAGAGGAACCAAUCGCACAUAACGUUGCCAUCCUGAAGGAUUGUAUUCCGCAGCACGUCGUGGGUCAUAAAGCACGUGUGAAACGCAUCCACGAUUAUAUUUCUGCGCAUCAUAUUCCUCUGGCAUUGUGCGGUUCUUCUUACCAAGGUGUAGGAAUCAAUGACGUUAUUCUGUCAGCAAAACAAGCCAUUCGUGAUGUUGUAAGAUAAUCACGAGAUUGUUCACUACAUGUAAAACCGCAGGAGACUAGUAGGCAAUACAAGACAAACGAAAUCAUGCAAACUCUGUACAUGCUGAAUCAAAAGAAUCAAAUCAUGCAAAAAAAAUAUUACAUCGUGUUAUAAAGUUGAAAUAAAAACGCAAGAACACUAGAUGAUAAACAUUAGAUGAUUAAUAGUUCUUAAUUAGUAACUUAAAUGGUAAAUAAUUAUUCUGCUGAGCGAAUGUCGCAUACGAAAAUGAAACAGCGAGAUGUAUUUUAUGUAAAUUUGCAUUUAUAUUAAAUGUACAAUAUA